UCACUCUCUGGGUGACGGUGGUCCUUUCAGAAGCGACUAUUGAGUGUUGUUUCUGUAGCUCGUGCUCGUUUCUGCCUCAUAUUCCAACAUCUGAAGCUACACGCCCGGGCGUGCUUGUGAGCCUACUCAUGACGACCAGGGGCUUUUCUUCGAAACCAGAUCCACAGUCCGAGUCUGUGUACCUGCCACCACGGCUGGAACAAUUCACAAGAUGCCAUCCGGCUCACGGGUACGAGGGGACCCCCGGCUAAUCCAGGUCGCCACGCCUGUCGCCGUACUAGUCACUGCUUUUGUUGGUGUUCGCUUCUCCUUGCGGUAUUUCCGGCGCACAGGCUUCUGGUUCGACGACUGGUUCAUUCUCGCCUCACUGAUUUUAGUCUGGGGCAUGUAUACUGUAUCUGUUCUGAGCGUGGAAAUAGGAGGAGUCGGGACGCCCUUCGAAGUAAAUCGAGAUGCUGACCCAUCAAUGGCCUGGCUGGGAAACUUCCUCAAACUCCUAUUUGCCGGCCAGAUCAUCUACGCAAGCACGAUUCUGACAGCGAAGCUCAGCAUCCUCGCGCUCUACUGGCGGCUGUUCCCGACCGCCUUCAUGAAGCGUGGCUGUGUCGUCCUCGCCGCGUUGACGGGCAUGUGGGCGACGGCCGGCGUGCUCGUCGACGUCUUCCAGUGCACGCCGAUGAGCAAGGCGUUCGACCCGUCCAUAGAAACCGAAGGCGACUGCAUAUCACAGACAGGCUACUGCCUCGGCAUGAUCAUCCCCAACAUCCUGAUCGACAUCAUGAUCCUCUCCCUGCCGACCUUCGAGGUCGCAAAGCUACACCUGCCGCGGAGCCAGAGGAUCGCAUUGGGCAGCGUGUUCCUCCUCGGCGCCGGCGUCUGCGCCGCCAGCGGCGUGAGGAUGUACUACCACCUAGAGCUGGUGAGGGCUGGGGCGACUGGGGACCUGGAUCUUGCCAUGAGCAUAUUCUACCCCCAGCUGUGGAUGACCCUCGAGCCCGACAUGGCCAUCAUCUGCGCCUGCCUCCCGGUGAUGCGGCCGCUGGUGACGAUGCUCCUAGCCUCGCAACUCUACCGCUCCUUCGCAUCGUACCUCGGUAGCGCCGGCACCGGUGGCGGCAGCAGCAGCGCCAGAAACAGCAAGCGCCGCGCCGCGUCAAACACGAUCGGCGGGUCAUCGAUGGCCCCGAGCAGCAUGGCUCGCCGCGAGGGUAUGGUGAGGAGCGACAACCGGGCGAGCACCUUUCGGGCUUCGGGGUACGAGUUGUCGUCGUUUGACUCGCUGGAGUAUCUUCAGGACGAGGACGUCGAGGCUGGGCGCGAUAGAUGGGAUGGCAGGGGAUGGAGGCCCUCGCAGGGGGGUUAUGGAAUCGGAUGUCAGACGCAGGUCAGCAGGAGCCGGAGUGUAGGGCCUGAUGAGAUACCGCUGGGGGCCAUCUCGGUCAAGACUGUUGUGGACUGUCGUGAGACGACCUGUGGUCCUGACGCAAGGAGCGGAACGAGGGAGGCCUAG